UAGUACUCAUAAAUAAUGCUUUAGGAUUUUUUUUUUAUUUUGUUUUGUUUUGUUUUUUAACAUGAAAAAAAAAAAGCAGAAAAAAAAAGAAGUCGUUCAAUUUCCUUGUAGUUGCAGUCUCUCUCUUUCUGUUUCUCUCUCUAAAAGACAGCGUGUAAUACUCUGUCUGUGGAAGCAGAUCAAAUCCAUUCCCCAAAACCCAUUUUUUUUUAAUUUUAUUAUUAUUAUUAUUUUUUACCCCUUUCUUCUUCGUUGUUGCUGUUUCGGAAGAAUUUCAGAUUGACAACUCUUCUUCUUCAAAUCUUCAAUGGAAAGCUCUUAUCUUUCAGAUUAAACCCAAUCCCCCAAUUUCUUUGAAUAUUCAGAAACAAGAAUAAAUUGAUGAGUGGCAAAUUCCUGAAACCCAGAAAUUAUAUUCAUGUCCUAACCCUAUAUUCCUCUUUUGAUUUUGUGGGUUUGCUUAUUUUUCCCGAUUAUCGAGCUGGAAAUCAAGGGAUUAUCAAAUUGGAUGCAAAUUAGAGCUACCCAGAUUUGAGAGGAGAUUAAGAUCAACGUGAUUGAAAUUUUUUCAAUUGGAAGCAAAAUCGAGUUGGCUAUUUCACAAAUUUGUUUGAUUUGGGGAUAACCCAUAUGAUUGAAAAUGGUGGGUAUGUAGGAAAUCUAUGAAAUUUUGAGAAUUUAUUCUUAAAAGAUCUUGCAAUGGAGCCAAGACCGCCGUUAAUGAAGCUGCUGAAAUUGGGGCUUUUAUUAACUUUCUUCGUCAUUGUUGUUGAAUCCCAACAACAAACUCAACAAUCAUCCCAACAACAAUCUCAACAAUCACAGGCUGUGCAAGAUACAAUCAAUGAUCGACAACCACCACCACCACAAACACCGCCACCAUUCAUGCUCUCUCCUCCACCACCACCAUUGCCUUCGCCUCCGCCACCGCCUCCGCCUCCUCCUCCAAUUUCCCCACCUCGAAUGCCUCCUCCGCCUCCUCCUCCAAUUUCCCCACCUCCUUCGUCUCCGCCGCCUCCUCGAGUGCCUCCUCCUCCGCCUCCACCACCAUUGCCGCCUCCGCCAUCGCUACACCCUCACCCUCGUGUGUCGAAUUCGGAAGCAAACGCUAUGAGAAGCCAUAAACACAAGUCUAAUUUGAAUAUUGGUAAGAAGGUUGGGUUAUUGUUUGCUGGAAUUGCUGUGAUCUUGCAAGUUGGAGUGGUGAGUUUCUUAGCUUUUAAAAGGAGACAGCUUUAUAAGAUGCGUGACUAAUAUGAUUGCCUUAUGAUGAUCAAAUAGUUUUUUUUUUUUUCUUUACCUUUUUUCUUCUUCAUGUAUUCACUUGUUAUUCAUUACAGUACUAAAUUGUUUAGGAGUUAUAGUGAUUCUUUUUUCACGGUUGAGGCAUAAAAGGAGGCGAUUUAUCGUCGAUUCAGUUUGGAUUGGAUUGGAUUUGAUUAAGUUGGUGGGUAUAGCUGGAGAAUGUGGUGAAGAUGAGUGAUAGGAUUAAUCAGUUUUCGGAUGAUUCGAUGUCGGAAUGGAGGAUUCUAGUUGAGGGAUUGGAAUUGGAAUUUGAGCAAUUGAGGAUUAGUGAUUUGGGGUUCUCCUUGAUAAUCUACUUUUCUGUAAAUGGGGGUAAAUCUUUGAUUGUUUUUCUUUUUUCUUUCCUUGUUAAAAGUUGUGUUGAGAUUCAUAUAUCUUGUUUGCAAUACAUUGACUUUACAAUUCAUACUUGGGAAUAUGGAGAUUUUUCUACUCUGUAUUCAUGUAUUGGUU